CGGACCAGACGACGCGUGAGCUCGAGCAUGAGAGAGAGAGAGACAGAGGGGAGGGAGAAGGGAGAGAAAUAGCAGCCUUCAAAAAUGGCGUCUUCGAGGGAAAAUGACUAAUAUUUUGAAAAAGCGAGGCCUCGAGCUCGACGUUCCGGCGAACCGUCGCGUUUAAGACAGCGUUGGGUCGAAACGCGAGCCGAAGCGAGCGAAGGGAAAGGAGCGGGAUUUGCCCGAAAACGCAUCGGCGGCGGCGGCGGCACCAUCUUAUUUUGAUGCGUCGACACAGGGCUAGCCCGCGCUGCUAGCUCGCGACAACGCUGUGGGUGGAAUUUAAAUGUCGCGUUUGCCGUUCUCCGGAUUCGUUCGCGAUAUCGUCGCGUGCCUAACGUAGCAGUCGUUUAACGGCCCUCGCUCGCUCGAUGCAUAUUUCAUACGAGUAAAGUAAGCGGAGAAAGGGGAGGAGAAACAAGGGAAAGGACGUAUACGGUCAUAUGCGUCCGUCGGUAAUUUAUCGGUAACCAGGUCAAACCGAAUUCUUCGCAGCCCGCCAGGAGCAUGGCAUUACUUGAUCUGGUUUUAAAUGAGAAAAGGCUGAAAAGGAGGAAGAAUGAUUAAAAACUGACAACGGGGCCGCGAUCGUGCUGUGCAGAAGAGAGUUUUGCGCCGAAACCGUUCGCUCGCACCGUCCAAGCCGCGCGUUAUUGCGACGCGAUGGACAGAAAUUACCCUGGAGCUGGCUUCGGUGAUUUGGGCGCAGGAGCCGGAUGGAGCUACGAGAGAUCAGCCAAAGCAAGCUUGGUGUACGGCAGCUCUAGAUCAUCACAUCCAGAGUCUGAACUUCUUCAUCGCCAAGCCUACGCCACUCCCCAUCCCCUGCAGGGUUAUGCUACCAAUCACCAUCCUGGUGGAUCUGGCCAGGGUGGGGCUUGGGGUGCAGCUGGAAGGAGCCUGGGCCUGUCUGGACUUUUUGAUGCUGGGCUGCACCAUGCAAGUCCGUCAGGCCCAGAUCCAUCGGUUAUGAACCUUAUAUCUGCACUAGAGUCCCGGGGUCCACAGCCACCUCCCUCUGCUUCAUCUCUCCUAUCUCAGUUUCGCACUCCAUCAUGGCAGACCGCCAUGCACACGCCAGCCCCUGCAGAGCUAUUCAUCUCUGGCGCCCUUCCUGGAUCUGGAUCCUUCCCAUCCUCUUCUGCUUUGUCUGCCUAUCAGCACCCAGCGCCAUUCUCUGGGCGGUCCUUUCCUGGUGUGACCCCCUCAUUGUCCUUACAGGACACGCCCACUUUCAGCCCCACCUCAAAUGGCCUCCUGUCACCCCAUGAUCCUUUACUCCACAUCAAGACACCUUCUCAGUCAAGUCUGGGCUUUGACCGCCUGUUGUCAUCACAGGGUGCAGCUGCAGCUUAUCGCGGAAGUCAUGAUCCUACUGGGGCUGGAGUGACGUCUGCUCAAGCCUCCUCUGCAGCUUCAGUUUCUGCCCGCCAUUUACCGUCUCAUCAGUUCAACUUGUUGUCCUCCCAGCUUCAGGACCAGUCCUCCCAGUUGUACAGUGCCUCUGUAUUUUCCUCAGCCCCUGCUACACCUCAGCCAACAUCCCAAGAGCGGACAGUACCAAGACAAGACAGUGUAAUUAAACACUACCAACGUCCCUCUCCAGCACAAGCCCCUUCAUCCACUCCUCACCCGCUGCAGCACUAUCUUAGCUGUGGGGUGUCAGGAUAUCAGCAAGCCACUCAUACUCGCCAUGCUGGUCUCUCUUGCAGUCCACUGGGUGAACACAGUCCUUCCUCAGACCAUAAACCUUCCCCCAGGACUGAACAGUACAGACCGAUAAUCCAACCUUCUUAUGGGUCCUCAUCAUCCUCAUCCUCUGGAGGGGCUGGAAAAGGAACUAAGAGCAGCUCCAGUAGUGGAUACUCCUCUUCUGGAUCUGCGUCCUCUUCCAGAACCCCUCACACACCACCCUCUGCCUCUUCUGCUUCAUCCUCAUCUUCAUCCUCUUCCUCCUCCUCAGCGCCUGCUAGUGCUCGUCAGUCUAAUUCCAUUCCAACCUCCACUACUGCCUCUGCAUCCUCACGACAACAACCACCAACCCAGACUGUACCCCCUCCACCACAGUCACAUUCCCAGCCCCCUCAGAGCUCCUCUAACUCCACUCAGCAAACCCUUCCCAAGUCGUGCCUCUCGGGUUAUGGAUCCCCAGUGGCUCCAGUCAAGUCAUCGAGUGGUCUAACUGGCCAGACCCCUCCUCAGCCACAACCCCAGUCUUUCUCUCCAAGUCAGCCUCCUCCAUCACAUCUUUCCCAGUCAUAUGGGGGAUUCAGUUCUCCACAGACCCAUGAUCUUCCUUCAGCUAGGACCUCUGGAGUAGCUAAAGGGUAUGGGAAUUUGGGAAGUCAGUCAUUUUCAGCGGAAUCAGUAUAUGGAACUGAUUCAGGUUAUGGGUCUCUGCCACCAUCCUUAGGAGGUGCUGGAAGUCCUUCAAUGGGUUAUGGUGCAUCAGGACACUCACCUGCCCUUCUUAGGUCAGGAGCAAGUGGUGGAACAACUGGUGGUAGUAGUAGUGGAGGCAGUACAGGAACUGGAGGCAGUGGUAGCGUGGGAGGUGGAGGAGGUGCUGGAACUUACCACAUCCCUGAUUCAAGCCCAUCUCCGUCUAGCAAUUCUGGAAUCAUCCGCCCUGGUCUGCAUUCUCCUGCACCUUCACGACCUGCUCAGUCACCUGUUGGAACAGGAUCCAACAAAUAUCUAUCUUCCGUUCUCUCACCUUCAUUUCUGCCUUCUCCACAAGGGUACCCUGACACAAGAGGACCUCGAUCACAACCCUACCACGCCUCUGGUCCUCCCAAAACAAAGUCAGAUAACAGCAUGCUUGGUGUAACAGAGUCUAGGUCACAACAGGAUGAUGAUGUAGAUGACGAUUUCCUUAUCCAACACCUUCUUCAAGCCCAGAGUCCUGCUCCUCAAACAUCCCAUCACCAUGCUUCUCAAAGCCAUCAUUCCUCACAACCCACCCAGCAGCCUCCAGUACUUCCAGCCCAGGAUGGAAAUAAAGGGCUUGCUUAUGAGAUGAGCAAAAGCUCAGAAGAGAGGUAUCACCUUCAGAGUGUUAUUCGAACACAUAGUGCCACCUCUAAUGCUGCCGUCUCUGGCACAGGGAGUGGAGCUGGACUGGACAGUCAAUUGGAGAUGUCCCUAAAGAAACAGCACCAACAACAACAGCAUCAACAGCAACAACAUCAGCAGCAGCAGCAGCAGCAACAACAGCAGCAGCAUAAACAACCACAUCAACAACAACCACAGCAGAAGAGCAACAGAACUGUAAGUGAUGGAGGACGAGGAAGUUCGGAUCAAACACAUUCCCAUCCGCACCAUCAUCACGAUUCUCUGGGAUCAGUGGUGCAUUAUGGGCGGGGUGACCCAUAUUCACAACACUCCAUUCCACAACACUCCACCUCUCACCAUCAACACACUCCACAUACACCAACCCACCCCCACCUACACUCCCACCCGCACAUGGAUCUUCAGAAAAAGCCUCAAGAUUCAGGAGAUAUGACUUACAUACGCAAGACACCAGAUGUGCAGCAACAUCACCAUCAGCAUCAGCAGGCACAUCAACAGCAAACUCAGCAUCAUCAGUCGCAUCCACAGCAACAUCAACAACAACCACAACAGCAACAGCGUCACUCCCAGUCACAGUCGCUUAUGGACUCUCCCACUGACCAGUCUCACCAAUCCCCUCAUUUGUUGCAGUCUGUGUUGUCCCACACCCGCAGCAAGAUAGACCCUCAGCAACAGCAGCAUUCUGUAAGCCAACAGGCUCUUAUGGAAGCCACUGGGGGAGUUGUUUCAGCAGAGACCCAUUCCCAGCCCCAGACAUCCCAGCUCCAACUCCAGCUUCAGUCCCAGGCUAUGGAAGCAGCUGCUCACUAUGGUCAUGGUACCCAGCAGCAAGACCAGAGCCGUCCUAAGUCUAACACAGUAUCUUCACUAGACAUGCUGGAGCAUUCCCUCUCUCGGACAUCUAGCCAAGAGGGCGCAAUGGUGGAUGAAAGGACAGGAGGUGAAGGAAGCAGGGGAAAUUCUGGAACAGGAAGUGCAGGAAGUGUAGAAAGGCGUCAAUCACAAGAGCAGCAAAGACUUUCAUCUCACCAUCCAACACAGCACCAUGCCUCAGAGUUGCACUCAUAUCUUCCUGAACCAGACAUGAGUUUAUCGACAACUUCCCAUGGACACCACCUUUCCCACCAUCACCACCAACAGCAACAAUCGUCACAAGGUCCUCAACAUCCCAACUCCCACCAUCAACACCCUCACCCUUCCCAUCCUAAUCAGCAGAGCCAUCAUCACCUUCCUUCACAGGCCUCCUCAGCAGCUUCUCAACAACAAGAGCAGUCUCACCCCUCUCAGAUUCCACAACCUCAGCUUGAGCAGCAUCAAGGAGAGCCCCAGUUUGACACCAGGAAUUCAGCAGUGAAAUCAAAUCAAAACCAAAAUCAAAGCCAACAUAGCCAGAGGUUUGUUCCUUUAACAUCCAUCUGCUUUCCUGAUGCUCUUCUUCCAGAUGAGGACCGUUCAUUCUUUCCUGGAAUGGAGGAUAUGUUCUGCCCAGAGGAGUACAAAUCCACUUGCUCAGGAGGAACUGGGCAGGGACAAGAUGGGGUUGCACCUGGCCAAGCAGUGCAGGAAGGAAUGGAAGGAAUUAAAACAACACCCGGAGGAGGAGACAAUACAGGUCCAAGUUACGAUAUGCUUGGCCAUCACAGCGACCAGGGGUACGGACAGUAUUGCCAUGAUCUUUCAGAACCUGACAAUGGAACCAUGCAUUUGGAUCUUGACUCCUUAAAGACUCAUGAGCUCCCAUCUACAGUCAACACAGAGCAACUUGGACUGAUCCAAUCUCAACCAGCCGGCCUUGGAAUGGGCACAACUGGAACUGUGGGGGAGGCAUCUGGUGCCAAAAUGGGAGGUACUGGGGGACCUGGUUCUGGAUCUGGGGGUCUUACCUCUCCCAUCUUCUGUUCCUCUCGCCCAAAGAAGCUGCUAAAGUCAAGUUCCUUCCAUCUGCUUAAGGAAAGACCUGAUCCAAACUCCUUGCCCAAGAAGAGCUAUGCACAGGAGUAUGAAUUUGAAGAUGAUGAGGAUAAGGCUGAUGUCCCAGCUGACAUUCGGCUCAACAGCCGAAGCCGACUUCCUGAUCUGAUACCAGACCUUGUGUCCAGUUGUCGCAAAUCAAGUGGUGUGGGAGGGGGAACUUUAAGCCCUUUAAUGGGUGAUCUAGAUUUUGGUUACCCAUCUCUCGGUCCCCCUCCACAGUUGAUGCCACAAGAUGGACCGAAGAAAAGAGGCAGGAAGCCCACAAAGCCUAAAAGAGAAGGGCCUCCAAGGCCACGUGGACGACCACGUAUACGCCCAUUGCCGGAACCUCACCACUCUAGGGGUAUGAUGGGAGAAUAUGGAACAGCAUAUGUUCCUGAAAGAGGCAGAGGCAGAGGAAGAGGCAGAGGCAGAGGUAGACGGGAUGAAUCUAUCAUGGACAUGGAGAUGGCCAAUAAAGACCAAAAUCAGAUGUAUCAGCAACACAUGCAGCAGCAAAUGCAUCACCAAUCACAGCAGCAGCCACAGCAUCAAGAGCCAAUCAAGCCCAUCAAGAUUAAACUUCCUAUUGGAACCAUGUCAUCUUCUGAUGCCUUGUUGCGGACAGACUCUUUGUCAGGCACUGAUCCGGCUCUCUCAGAUGGUUCCCUUGGUUCAGCACCCUCUUUGGGAUUGAGCCCUGGGACUCCGGGAGUGCCUGACAUGAACAGACCUCAAGACAAGAAGUCUAAAUCCCAAGAGUUGGAAGAGAAAGAUUCAGAGAAGACUGGGUUCGUUGCCUCAUUUCUAGAUUUUCUUAAGUCUGGAAAAAGGCCAUCAGGAAUGUCAACGGGCUCAGCUGACAGCACUGGAAAUGAAGAUGGGUCUCCUGGGAAAAGUGGAGGCAUUCGCCCAUUAUCCCCUCAACCGCCACCUCCCCCAGCUGCUGCAGCUGUGUCUGGAUAUGGAGAUGGUGAAAGUGAUGGAGGACUGUCUUUGGGUGGCUGUCCCAGCCCAUGCAAGCGCUUGGAUGAAGAGCUGAAAAGGAACCUUGAGACAUUGCCUUCCUUCUCGUCCGAUGAGGAGGACUCUGUCGGAAAGAACCAGGACCUGCAAAAGAGCAUCUCCUCUGCAAUCUCUGCUCUGUAUGACACUCCUCAGCUCACCUCCUCAAUGCAGCCUCCUUCACUUCCGCCACCCCCUCCUCCACCUCCGCCGGAACCACUGACACCAACACAGCAGCCACCAGCCCUCAGCCCUCAACCACCACUUCAUACACACCCGUCCUCGCAUGCCCCCACCCACUCUGUUGAGCCUGCAAGAUUGCAAAGAGAAGAGCAAGAAGAAGAAAUGGAAGAAAAAGUGAAGGAUGUAGACGAGGUUGUAGAGCAAGACAAGGAAGAAAAGGAGAAAGCCUCAGAAACUGAGCUGCUGAGUGUCCCCAAAAUUGGAGACUCACCCAAAGAAGCUAUCGAAGCCCAAGCUCCCCCGUCUCUCCCACCAGUUUCCCCAUCAUCCCCUGCUCCCUCCUCCACCUCCUCGCCAUCACCGCUUCCGCCCCUCCCCCUUUCCUCUCCUCUCCCUCAACAGGAGGACCUUCCUUCCCCCUCUCAGAAAUCACCACCACAACAGUCCUCGUCUCCACCUAGUCCCGAAGCUUCCUCCAUACCUGUCCUCUCUCCUCUACCUCCUCCUCCUGCAGAGCCUCCUCUCUCCUCCAGCCCACCUUCUCCCAGUCCACCUCCGGUACAGGAAUCCAUUGCAGAGCCUACCUCUCCUGAAGAGCCCCCUGCGCCUCAGAUUUUACCGUUGCACUUAGCACAGAAACAGAGCGGCGCUGCCAUUGUUGGCGAGACUGAUGAGGAUGAGAGCGAGAGUGGAGGCGAGGGCAUUUUUAGGGAGAGGGAUGAGUUUGUGGUACGGAUUGAGGACAUCAGGAGUCUGAAGUUGGCCCUGCAGACAGGAAGAGAGCCCCCUCCCAUUUGGCGUGUACAGAAAGCUCUGCUGCAGAAGUUUUCCCCCGAGAUUAAGGAUGGACAGAGACAGUUUUGUGCCACUAGUAAUUAUCUGGGUUUUUUCGGGGAUGCUAAAAAGCGCUACCAGCGGCUGUAUGUGAAGUUUCUGGAAAACAUAAACAAAAAAGACUAUGUGAGGGUCUGUUCCCGUAAGCCCUGGCACAGACCUACUGUCAACCUAAGGAGACAGUCUCAACCACUCCCGAAGUUAACGCCACCCCCCAACAACCAGACUCCCUUAGAGAGGACCGAGAAAGACAGAGAGAAGAUUAAAGAGCCGCGGGAAAGCCGUGAGAAGAACAACAUUCGGCCGAAGGAGCAGCGGGACAAAGAAAAAGUGCUUAAAACCAAGGAGAAGGAUGAAAAGAAAGAAAAAGAAAAGAAGAUUUCACCUCCUCCUCCGCCACCUCAGAAGCCUGAGAAACGGGCAGCGGUGACAGAACGAGGGAAGGUGAAGGAGGAGAAGAGGGGCGGAGGACAGGAGAAGAAGACUGAGCGCUCUGCCAAACCUCAGCCGCCAAAGGUGAAGGCUGAACCUCCGCCCAAGAAACGCAGGAUGUGGCUGAAGGAAGUACCUUCAUCCUCAGACUCGGACUCUUCAGCAAGUGAGGAUGAAAUCUCCGUGAAAGCGGGCCUGAACACACGAGCAAUGCGCGAGAUGUACCGGAGCUACGUGGAGAUGCUGGUCAGUACAGCUCUCGACCCGGAUAUGAUUCAGGCUCUAGAGGACACCGAAGACGAGCUAUAUCUUCCUCCAAUGCGCAAGAUCGACAGCCUUCUGAGUGAGCAGAAGAGGAAGCUUUUGAAAAGAGUCAAUAUGAACUCUCAACACCAGGAUGCUCUUCACACCUUCCCUCAGAUAACGGCGGAGCCGCUGGACUCGGGGAUGGUGAGGGUCAGACUGGGUGGUGAAUGCUACAACCGGAAAACGCUGAACCGCAUCAAAAAGAGUGUUUCCAAACCACAGGACCUCAAGUUGUCAACAGAAACAUGUCGACUCUACAGUCUCUACCAUUCGCUUCAUCAUUAUAAAUAUCAUACUUUCUUACACUGUAAGAAAGAGACGAACACUAUAGAGCAGGCUUCAGAAGAUCCCGGACAAGAGGAAGUUGUUCAGCAGUGCAUGGCCAAUCAGAGCUGGCUGGAGACGCUCUUCAACUCCUUCUUAGAGCUGAUGACCCUCAGCACCAAAGCUUAAGGCAGAGAGGAAACAAGGAAAAGGAGAAACGUUGAGGAAUCGGGGAGGCCUCGAUGUACAGAGAAGCUGGAUUUAUUGUUGCCUAGCUCUCCUGUCUUCUUCCUCCUCCUCCUCCUCGGUUUUACACGAAUCUUUCUUUUUAACGGCGACGGGAGAGGACAGCAACUUUAUGAACUCCUUACAAAUGCCCGCAAAAAGCGCAGGAUCCCUCCUGAACGUUCAGGCAAAAGGAUGCGACCAAACUGAGAUCCGCUUUUACCGAAUUUUCGCCCGAAUCCGAAGGAAAUGGUACACGGAGCUACGGCUGAAGGAAUAUAUGGCGGCGUGGAGUCUUUGUGCUUUCGGGAAUUACUGACACGAGGAGUUUCGCUUCGCCUCGACGCUAGGAGGAAGUCUGUUACCGAAUUUUACACGAAUAAUUUUGUAAGACUAUAGCAGUUUUAUUCCAGCUUUUUUUCCGAAACGAGAGCGAGAAAGAGAGAAUGACGGUUCUGUUUUAUAAACGAGCGCAGAUGGGGGAAAGCAGUCACGGGAUGGUGGUGAUGAUGAUGAUGGUGAUGAUGAUGAUGAUGAUGAUGCGCGCAACGACAUGUGAUGACAUUCAACGCUUUAGUCUACACACGUGAAACAAGCUAAAGUAAUACAUUUUUAUUAUUUAUAAAGACAUUUUUAACAGGAGCUCGCACAUACAAUACAAACCCGUGACGCUUCAUAUAAAACGGUUCAAAUAAUGUUCGUUCAGAUGUUAUAAAUGGAUCUUAUUGCCACAUUCUGAGCUGUCUUCCUUUUUCGCUCAUCCAAGGUGGGUAGAUACCGUGGAAAAAAUGUAUUAUCCUUUUUAUCUGUUACAGAAGAGAAGAGAAAGACGGAGUGGAACAAAUUAUUCAAGCUACGCAAACGGUAUUAUCGCAGUGCAUUCUACAGAGAAGAUAAAUGGCAUCGAAAGCGAAGUGUCUGGUUCCCAUUAGGGAGGGAUUAUGUAUUAGUACUAUUUAAAAUGGAAAUUUGUUUUUAUUUGUUUGUCUUUUGUCCGUAUUCUGAGUAUUAUUUUGGAACAAUCUAAUACUGUGCUUCUUUCGAAAGUAAAGCCUUUGUGUAAAUAUUGUACAGCUCUUGACAAAAAUCUCCCGGUUCUUCUGUACAUGGACUAUCCCUGUAUUUGACAAACAAAUAAAACCAUCGACAACUAA